AUGUUCACCACACUCCUUACUGCCACUCUCCUUUCCGCCGCCGCCAUCCGUGGCGCCCGUGCCGACUUCACGAUUGAUACGCCCGCGUCUCUCGUUCAGUGCCAGGCCCAACAAAUUACUUGGUCGCAGACCACUGGCCCUUACAACCUCAUCGUUGUCAGCGCCGCCGACCCUUGUGGCGACGACCUCGUUGACCUCGGUGACCACGAUGGUCUGUCCAUGACCUGGACCGUCAACGUUGCCGCUGGGACUGAGGUCCUCCUUGCGCUCGAGGAUGAGACUGGUGAGGAAGCUUGGACUGGCGCGGUUACUGUUGCUGCGAGCGACGAUUCGUCUUGCCUGAGCUCCUCGUCCAGCUCGAGCUCUAUCGCCGCCUCAUCAAGCUCAAGCGCCGUCGUUGCCUCCUCCUCCGUUAAGGCCUCGUCUGUCGCCGCCUCCUCUUCCGUCAAGGCCUCCUCGACCAAGACCGCCACCUCCGCAACGUCGACAGUGACUGACGCCGCAGAAGCUGCAGGGGCUGGCACCACCGGUGCCCUCAGCGGUGCAUCCGUCGUUCGUCCUGCUAUGGCUCUCGGCGCGCUUGGUUUCGCCGUUGCCGCCUUCCUUUGCUAG